AGACAGCUAUAUUAUGCUGUCGCUGUCAUACAUAAAGGCAGCCUUCCGGAAGUCUCCUCAAUGGCAGACUUGGCUGGCACUGUGGCAUGUUUCCCAUCAGUGGCAUCUAUGGGAGGCUGGGUUUUACCCAUAGCUAAGUUGAUCAAGUCAGGGGCUAUGAAAAUUGUUGACUGCAACAACUACAUCAAAUCUGCAUCCGCAUUUUUCAGUGGAGGGUGUGCAGUAAAUAUAUUAUCUGAUAAAUACAACCCAUUGGGUGACAACAGUCAAGAAUUGUGUAGUGCUUGUGGAAGCGACCUUCCCGGACAGCACUGUACUAGCCAGGAUAUUUAUGCUGGCUAUGAGGGAGCUUUCAAGUGCUUAAUUGACCAGGGUCAGAUAGCCUUUAUGAAACACAACACUAUAUCUCUGGCUUUGGGCAAUAGUACAGAAGGUACCAAACAUAGCUAUGAUGUGGUUGCUGAAGAUUUUGAACUCCUGUGUGAGGAUGGCACCAGACGCCCUGUAACUGAAUAUGAAUUCUGUAACUGGGGGACAGUUCCUUCCAAUGCCAUCGUUACUACGUCAGCAAAGAGUCUAGAACAGCGCCGUUUGUUGCAAGAUUUUGUGAAGAAAGUGGUGUCUAUGUAUGGAAAGAAAUCUGGUGAAAACCCAGAAAGCCCAGCUAAAUUCGAUGUUUUUGAGUCGUCUCCCAAAUAUGGCUCUGCUCAUGAUCUUCUGUUGUCGGAUGAUACCGAGAUUUUGGUAGACUUAGCUGUGAGUCAACAGAGUUUCCAGAGAUAUUUGGCAGGGAAUAUUAUGAGUUAUAUCCAGAUAAUUAGAUCUUGUCCAGUACCGAAGAUGACACUGUGCGUCACAUCUAUUCCUGAGUACACCAAGUGUCUAAAUUUGAAGACUGCAUUGAGUGCACAAUUGCUCAAACCUGAUAUGGAGUGUCUUAAAGGAGAAUCAAACUUCGAUUGCAUGAGAGCAAUCAAGAACCGUGAGGCUGAUAUUACAGUUUUUGAAGCUGGUGAUAUCUACAGUGCUGGUUUGAAUUAUGACCUUGUUCCUAUCAUGGCUGAACAAUAUAACCUGGAGACACUAGAAUACUAUGUUGUUGCUGUAACAAAGGAGGAUGAUCCUGACACAGAUGUCCUUUAUCUAAAAGAUAAGAUGACUUGCCAUCCUGGAGUUAUGCAUGGAGGUGGCUGGAUUGUGCCCAUGGCAUAUCUCCUGAACAACAAUCUCAUCAGACAGUAUGGUUGUAAUUCUGUCAGAGCCGCCUCAGAGUAUUUCCAGAAAUCAUGUGCCCCGGGCUCGUUAAAUCCCUACUAUCGCCACAACACGAAUCGUUUAAACCUUUGCCACUUGUGCAGAGGCACUGGCGCUGGGUUUUGUGCCAGAGAUCACAGUGAGCCUUUCUAUGGUUUUACUGGUGCUUUUAGAUGCCUUGUUGAAGGUGGCGGAAACAUAGCUUUCCUCAAGCAUACAACAGUAAGAGAAAAUGUGGAUGGGAGACGCAAAGAAUGGUGGGCUAGAAAUCAGCUGACAUCGGACUACCAGCUUGUCUGUAGAGACGGAACUCGAGCCCCAGUAACAGAAUACUUAGAUUGCAACUUGGGCACAGUGCGAUCAAAUGCUGUUGUAACACGAGGAGGCUACCAGUACAAUGAGACAGAAGUGGAGACCUUUAUUAACCUUCUUUUGUAUGCUCAGCAACACUUUGGUAGAGAUUCUGAGGAUGAAUGGAACUUCAAGAUGUAUCAUUCAGAUGAACCAUAUGCGGAUCUUAUUUUCCAGGAUGCAACUCAGCAGCUGUUACCAUUAGAACCUGAGGAACGACAUUAUCAUCCCUAUCUGGGUUUGGAGUUCCUGAAUGCCCGUUACGAAGUAGAUUGCACUGCCAAGGGAAGCACUGUGAUGCUGUCGUCCAUUUUGAUAGCUUUCACUUUGGCUUUGAACUUUCUGUGGUGGAAAAAUACAUGAUUUUUUCUUCCACUACUCAGUACAUCUCAUCUAAGUCUUUGUGUUUGCUCUGAUUCUUUUCACCACAUAACUGCAAGUCAAAGACCUUUCAGACUCAUUCCAUUUGAAUGUAUGUAAAGUGUGAGUUAUAGAAAUAAUGAUAAUAAAUAUUCAUACAUCACUUUUGAGAAUGAGUUGAGUAUGGCAUAAAUGUAUUAAUUGUAAAGUAGAAUUUAGCAAUGCUGUAUCAGUAUUUGCAGGUAUUGUAUAUGAAUGGGGAAAUAAAAUGGACACUAUUUUUCUAAGUUUUAUAGGCUGGUCAUCCACUGUUGCAAAUAACAAUGGGGUAUAACCAGGAACAUCUCUCAGAAAAUUGGAACACUAGACUUAACAGAUAUUAUAUUGUAUAUCUUAUCGAAGAUUUUUAAAAUAUGAUUUAGAUAAAAAAAAAAUUUAUCACAGUUAAUCUGUAGCAAUACAGGGUUGUACAUAUCAAAGUUCACAAGUAGGUGCUUUUGAUAGCAAUUGUUUAUGUACUGGCUUAUAGUUUUAAUUAUUUGUUUAAGUCCCUUUAUUGUGUUAUUCGGUCAAGCUCAAAUUAAAUGAUUGACUUUUUCUGCAUAUUAAGCUUUUCAGAAAAUUAUGCUUACACACUGAACCAAGGAGGAAGGCUUCUUAGGUCAGAAUAUUGCUACAAAUGUAAUCUUGAAGAGCCAUGUACCUUGUUGAUGUAAUACCCCAGUUUAGCCAUAGUUUACAUAAAUUCCGUCCACGUAGUGUGAUAUUGCUUUUGAGAUAUAAUACCCAAGUUUAUCCAUAGUUUGCAUAAAUUCCGUCCAUGUAAUGUGAUAUUGCACUUGAGAUUCAAAAGCCAGUUAAGUAAAAAUAAAAUAAUGGGCAGCUAGGUCAACCUUGACAGCUAAUAUGAUUUCAAGUUUAUGUGGAAAGCAUGGAUUUUCCAAACACCAAUGAAUUUAUAUUGUUGUAUCUAUAUGUAAAAAAUUUUAUUAGAAUGCUACAUGUUUAGUAGAUGUUAGAUGCUGUACUGUAUUAUAUAUAGCAUAACAGGUCCACCGAGUCAUAUCUCUAUACUACCUUCAUAGAGCUCAGCCAAAGGAUGUGUACUUAAAUGAGAUGUGAACUUAUGGGGAAGAUAGAGUUGGACAGCUAAUGGAGAAGAGACCACAGUGAAUGGAGGGAAAGUGAAAGGCCGAUAGCAAUGCAGCUGGGGACCAAGGGAUGCUGUAAAUAUCUUUUGGUACCAUCUGUAGUUGUGGAUGACUUGAUGUUAGAUAUGUACACAACUCAACGGAUGCAAAGUAUUUUAGUAAGACUGACAACAAGCAUUUCAUUAAGGCAUUAUUUACCUUAUAUUUACCAGUGUUAUGAUGUUACAGUAUUCUAUCACGUAGGUGCAUUCAGAUUGUAUUAUUUGAGGGCUUUGUAGAUUUUGGGUGAUUGAAAUUUUUAUCAAGUUAGGUUUACAUUCAUUCACGUUUGUGUACUAAAAAUGUUAAUAUUUGAUAUUUAAGAAUAAAGCACAUCUUUCCUUCAAAGACAUACAUAUGUAAUAAAAUUUAAAACAGAAUAAUAAAAAAUGUAAAGGAAGAAAAGCAGCAAUAAACCAGAACAGAUAUUAAAGGACUGAAGUUCUUCACAUAAAUAACAAACAAAAAUGAAUAAACAUAAAAAAUCAUCAUGAAUGCAGAGAGACCUUGACUUAGGAUUAGGUAGUGGGACAAAAGCUUGUAGCUUUUAAGGGCAUUCAGCCUUGCACAUCACAUGCUGUCGCAAUGAUUUUCUUAGCUUUUUAAAAAAGAGACUAGGGGUAAAGCAAAAGUUGAGAUACGGAUGGACACCAGUUUAUAUUGAUACAAUGCACAUUUGCUUUAGUGUUAAAAGGAUGCAAAAACAUUUCAACAAUACAUGGUGGCAACGUUUCAAUACUCUUGAACUGAGGCUUUAAUUUCAUUACCUAAUCUUAAGUCCGGGCCUGUGUGUAAUCGUGGUUUUUUUUUCAUUUACCAUAAUUCUUUAAUAAUUGUGAUACAACAUCGUUCUUCCUUGUUUUACAUUGCUUGUUUUUUUCUGAUUAUUUCUUUGCUACAUAUGUCUACAUUAGUCUACACUAGAAUCUCAUUUGUUUGAUGUGUUUAAGUUACAAUAAACUGUUCUAUUACUCUAAGAUUUUAUUCUUUUUCUUGAAGGAUAUUCCAUGUAUGAUGUUUCCCUCAAAGAUAGAAAUACAUAAAUAAAACUGGACAACAAAAAAGUAAGAAUAAUUAAAGUCAGUUAUAUAUUACAUAUACAAUAGCUAAAAUCAGGACAUGAAAUGAAGGGGGUAAUAGUUGGAGAAAUAAUUUUCUGACAGUUUUCCUUCAAAGAAACUUCACAAGCCUGUGGUAUUAUUUUGAAAUGUCAUAUGUAGGGUUAUGGUUUGGUGUCACUUGAAACUUGAGUACAAGUUUUAUAUUGUAUUAUAAUCAUUGUGCACUGUUUGCCAAAACAGUGAAAUGAAAUAAUUUUCCUUGUUGUUUUCUUUGAAGACUAAUACUGUUGAAUUUCCUUUUGAUUUUUUCUAUAAAAUUGUACUAUUUUGUAGAACAUAAUCCUUCAAAUAAGAUGUUAAGUGUAACCUCAUGAGGUAGACUUAAGAAUAGUUUUGGUGUGAUGAUUUUUUUUUUUUUUUUUACUUUUACUACAUUUCAUUAUGUAACAAUAGCAGUUUUGUGUACAGUAAAAUGUAACAAUAUAUAUCUUUGUUUUAUACAGAAUUCAUAGAUCUUCCCAUAUUGUCUCAAAUUGUAAUUUUGCAACCAUCACUAAUCAAAAAACAAGAAUUUGUAUACAAGAAAAAAUAACUUCAUAGUAUUGUUCUAUAUAUUUUUAGAAUGCUUUUUUGUAUUAUAAAAGACUGAUGUUUGCAGAAUUGAUUUGAAUCUUCUUGUCUGAUCAUCCACUAUUGUAGAGUUAUUCCUUAUUUUCUCCAUGUUACCAUGCUCCUUGACAAUGUACUCACCUUUUGUUAUUUUGGGAGUACUAUACAGUAUUUUUCAUGCAUUUCUUUUUAUACAUUUCAAGAUCAGGGUGUGCAUUGUGGAGCCAUGAUUGUGUAUUUCAUGAGCUAAGUUUUUUUUUAUUCUGUAGUAGCUAGUUAGACUGUAAUUGACCUGAAAUAUAUUGAUAAAACAAAAUUUAUCAUUAAAACACAUUUUGUUCUCUAUUUCCACUUACGAUCUUAGAGAUAACUGAAUUUUGUUGUUUUUUGUAAACUUUAUAUGAUAGAAUGGUGGUUUUGAUCUUAUUUCGAAACCAAAUGAUUUUACCUUAUUUUUCUAUCUUUAGAAAUAAAAACAAAAUGAGCAGAAGGGUGCAUUGAAGAAAGCGAAGAACAGAAAUUUCUUUUGAUUUUUGUAAAUACUUAAACAUUUAGAUUUUUGAACUGUUGAUGUGCCAUGAAAAAGUAUGCUAAACUGCAUUUUCAACAGUAUAUAUACAGAUAUCUAUAUUAUAGCUAAUAAUAUCUGUUGUUGCAUAAAAAAUUAGGAAAAAUAUGCAAAAAUUUUAAUGUUUUUUAUGAAUUGUUUUUGUUACUGUCUUUGAUAAGCCCUUACUUUAUGGGAAAUUCAAGUUAAACCAUCUCCCAUUAGUCCCCUGACAUCAUCCCAGUGCUACCAAGUAACAACAUAUUUAUGGAUUUUUAAAGUUUUUGUAUAUGGUAUCCUUUGAUUUCACCGGAUUACAAGGGAUGAUAUUUGCAUGACUGUUAGAUGUCAGAAUCUCAAAAGGUUAUGUCAAAAUGACUUUUGGCACUUAUUUUAUAUAAUUCUUUUACAUGUAUAUUGUAUGAUGAAAUUUUGAUGCUGUGAAUUUCAUCAACAAACUGAUGUUUUUUGAAAAUCAGGUAAAUUUCACAAGGUUUUAAGUUAAAAUGAAUUUUGGUACUUUUUUCAUGUGUAAAUAUAUAAUUUUUAUAAUGUAUGAUGAAAUUUUAUGUCAGUUUUAUUAGCAAACCAAUAGUAUUUGUUUAUGAAAUCACAUACAUUUUUAGCAUGAAUUUAAUUUUUAAGGUUGAAAAUUUUGGGUCUUAUAAAAAUAUUAGUUUGAAAUCACUGAGUCACAUUGGCUUCAUAUAGAAACUUGAACAUUAGGGAGCUUUGCUAAAAAAACUUAUCAAUA